AUGGCGACACCUGCCGCGGAGAAGCCGGAAGAUGUAGAGAUCCGCGAGGUUUGGGCGGACAACCUCGAGGCAGAGUUCGCCAUGAUCCGCGACAUCGUCGACGACUAUCCCUAUGUGGCCAUGGACACGGAGUUCCCCGGCGUUGUGUGCCGCCCGCUCGGCACUUACAAGACGGCGGCCGAGUUCAACUACGCCACCCUAAAGGCCAACGUUGACAUGUUGAAGCUUAUUCAGCUCGGGCUCACCUUCUCCAACGAGCAUGGUGGGCUGCCGGCGCUCGGCCCAGACGGCCGACCCUGCGUGUGGCAGUUCAACUUUCGAGGCUUUGACCCUCGGACCGAUGUGGCUGCAUCAGACUCCAUCGAUCUGCUGCGUCGUAGUGGUAUUGACUUCUCUCGCCAUGCUGCUGACGGAGCUGACGCUCGCCGUGGCUACGACUUUGGCUACCUGCUCAAGCUACUCACCGGCACAAAUCUGCCUGAUACAAUGUCAGGAUUCUUCGAUCUCAUCAAGAUUUACUUUCCUGUUAUCUACGACAUCAAACACUUGAUGAGGUUCUGCAAUAGCCUCCAUGGAGGUUUGAACAAGCUUGCUGAGCUGCUUGACGUCGCAAGGGUUGGAAUCUGCCACCAGGCAGGGUCUGAUUCGCUUCUGACAGCGCUGUCCUUCAAGAAGCUUAAAGAGGCAUACUUCAACGGGUUAACUGAGAAAUAUGCCGGUGUGUUGUAUGGGCUUGGCUUUGAGGGUGGAGAGACCACCUCUGCUCACUGA